AUGGCGAUCAUCAGUGAUGAGAACCCUGUGCGGACGGAGUACCAUGUUGCGGCGGAUGUGGUGUCGUUGGUGGUGUCGAGUUUGGCGUUGCCGGUUGUGGCGCUUUUGGUGUGGGGGAGGUGGCCGAAGGGUGGGAGGGAGGGGUUGACGGUGGCGACGGCGUUGUGUUUGCUGUGUUAUGUGACGACGUUCUUGUACAUCGUCGCGGUGACGUUGAUGAUGCAUGUGCAAUGGGAGAGGACGGAGGAGCUGUGUAAUGCUAUGAUGAUUGUUUGCAUGCUGUUGCACAACAGCUCCAAGGCGUCAGAAUUCGCCUUCUUGAUCGAGAGGGCCUAUGUCAUCUCAUGGAAGCGAAAGCCUCGUCGGAAAACGCCAGAGUACGUGUUGAGCAGUCUGCUCAUCAUACUACCUUACAUCGCGACUACCAUAGUCGCUAUCAGAUUUCGCAUAGCAUACAUGGUCAACGCCCAAAUCUGCAUCAUCGGACUGGAGUACUUUGCGAUUGGGUCCAUGCUCUCAGUCGAGCUACUGGCCCAGCUCGUCCUCACACUGAGAUUUCUGGUGCCACUUAUUACAGUGCAUCGCAAAGGCAAUGGGUUGAUGCUGCCGCUGAGGAACGCGGUUGUGAGGACUGUGGUUGGAUGUGCGAUCACGAUGCUGUUGAAUGUCGCUGUCAAGAUAUCGCUGCUGUUGUUUGAUGGGAUGCCGGCUUGGUUGUGCUAUCUUGGAUGCAAAGUGGAAGCUCUUUUGGCGGCUUGUGUGCUGCAUUGGAUCACGAAGCCCGUGCUUGCUGAUGAAGAACGGGAAGCCCAGCGGCGGUUUGGUGAUGAGUGUGACGAUGAUUCCAGCGAUUCUUCGAAAGAAAUGGAUCUUCAGGAGAUGCUUGGAUUACCGGCAGGUGGGCAUGCCACUGAUAGAUCGAAAGAGUAA